AUGAGCCAAAGCAGGGAUUUCCAAGGGGGCAAAGCUUUUGGACAGCUGAAGGCCCAGCAGGAAGAGCAACUGGAAGAAAUUAAUAAGCUAUUCCUGGAUGAUCCUAAAUACAGCAGUGAUGAGGAGCUGCCCUCCAAGCUGGAAGCCUUCAAGAAGAAGUACAUGGAGUUUGACCUGAACGGAAACGGAGAUAUUGAUAUCAUGUCUCUGAAGCAAAUGAUGGAGAAACUUGGGGUCGCCAGGACCCAUCUGGAGCUAAAGAAACUAAUCCAGGAGGUGUCUGGUGGCUCUGGGGAGACAUUCAGCUACCUUGACUUCCUCAAGAUGAUGUUGGGCAAUAGAUGCAGCAUCCUAAAAAUGAUCCUGAUGUAUGAGAAGAAAGCAAGAGAACAGGAGAAACCAACAGGUGCCCCAGCCAAGAAGGCUAUCUCAGAGUUGCCCUGA